CAAAUGUAGUAUCUGUGAGUCAUGUUUAUCAAGCACAAGGUGCUGUUGUUCUCGAAAUUUCAUGCUUUUCUGAAGCUGAAAGAAUAUAUAUGCUAGUUAAAGAUACAACUGUCAAUGACAAGCCUCUGAAUGCUGUGGUGAUUCCUGAAGUUAUGGCUUCCAAGAUGCCACAGAACUGCUGCCCACUUCUUGUAUUUGUGAAUCCAAAAAGUGGUGGUCUAAAAGGUCGGGAUCUGCUGUACAGUUUUAGAAAGCUGCUAAACCCACAUCAGGUCUUUGAGCUUACCAAUGGUGGCCCACUGCCUGGGCUUCACAUGUUCUCUAAAGUCCCCUCCUUCCGAGUGCUGGUGUGUGGAGGGGAUGGGACCGUCGGCUGGGUCCUUGGUGCGCUGGAGGAGAUCAGGCACAAGCUGGUGUGCGCAGAGCCCUCGGUUGCCAUCUUACCUUUAGGAACAGGUAAUGACUUAGGGAGGGUCUUGCGUUGGGGAGCUGGCUACAGUGGGGAGGACCCCUACUCGAUUUUGGUUUCCGUGGAUGAAGCAGACGAUGUUCUUAUGGAUCGCUGGACUAUCCUUUUGGAUGCAGACGAGCCAGCUGAAGGUGCAAUGAAUGGCGUGGCAGAACCUGAGCCUCCAAAGAUUGUACAGAUGAACAAUUACUGUGGUCUUGGCAUUGACGCAGAGUUGAGCUUGGACUUUCAUCAUGCUAGAGAAGAAGAACCAGGGAAAUUUAAUAGCAGGUUUCACAACAAAGGAGUUUACGUGAAAGUUGGGCUGCAGAAGAUAAGUCAUACCAGAAAUCUUCACAAAGACAUAAAGCUUCAAGUGGACCAGCAUGAGGUGGAGUUACCAAGUAUAGAAGGACUCAUUUUUAUUAAUAUACCCAGCUGGGGGUCUGGAGCUGAUCUCUGGGGGUCCGAGAGUGAUAACCGCUUUGAGAAACCACGCAUCGAUGACGGCCUGCUGGAAGUUGUUGGCGUGACUGGCGUUGUUCACAUGGGUCAAGUCCAAGGUGGUUUUCGAUCAGGAAUCCGCAUAGCCCAAGGCUCAUAUUUUCGUGUAACACUCCUAAAGCCCAUUCCAGUUCAAGUUGAUGGAGAGCCCUGGAUUCAGGCCCCCGGCCAGAUUAUUAUUUCUGCUGCAGGACCAAAGGUCCGUAUGUUGAAAAAAUCCAAGCAGAAACAGAAAAAAACUGGAAGCCUGAGAGAGAUGAGAGUUGAUAGCACGUCAGGCUCCGAAGGAGGACGCUAAGUGGAGAGCUGUGCUCAGAAGCGAUGCAGCACACCUACUGCAGAUACCAAGAUGGUUCAGUAAAACCGAGUGCAGACAUCUGGUGAAGAGGGUUGCUUAUGAGUGUGCCUUUCAUUACAUUUUGAUAGUACUGGGUUCUAUUUCAUUUUUCAAAGAUAGUGCCUCAUUGUUACAAAUAACUAUUAUGUACCACUUGUCUCAUCUAAAAUGUUUACUUUGGGUUGCUUUUCUGUAAGCCAUUUACCAGUCUUUUAUGUAUAUAGAAACUGAGGCCAGAGAUUCCGAGAUGCUGAGAUUUCUGCAUCUACAUUCACAAAGACUCUUCCCCUUCUCCCAGCUUUUUCUUAAAGAAAAUCAUUCCAUCGAUAAUUUUUGGUUCAUUGUUCC